AUGGCACCUCACGCGGACUAUCCUGAAACCACAAACCCACCUCCCAAGAAACUUACUCCGCUUUGGAAGGAGGAUCUCGAAAAGUUCGGCGUUGCCGUGGUACCGGGAGUGUUAUCAAAGGAACGCUGUGAUUAUUAUACCAACUCCUUCUUUGACUGGCUAGAGUCUUUCCCAUACGGCUUCUCGCGAGACGAUCCCUCUACUUAUGUCCCCGAAUACCUUCCGUCGAGUAUGAAAGGUGGCAUGUACCACGGGUAUAAAUGCCAGCACGAGAAAUUCGUUUGGGAGGCCCGACUGGAGCCAUCAGUGAUCAAAGUCUUUGAGGAGAUCUGGGGGACUGACAAACUCCUCGUCUCUUUCGAUGGAUUCAACUUCACCCUCCCGGCCACGGCAAAAUUGCUGCCCAAAGAGGAGACUGCUCCAUGGCCUCACGUUGACCAAUCACCCCAGCGAAAGGGCCUGCACUGCGUACAGGGUAUCAUCAACAUUGCUCCAAACGGCCCUCAAGACGGAGGGCUCGUUGUCAUGAAGGGCUCUCACCACCACUUUACGGAAUUCUUCAAACACAAUGAGGGCAAAAGGGCUGAUUGGGGUAGUGAGGACUGGCGAGGAUUCUCGGAGGAGCAGAUGGAGUGGUUCAAGGAACGUGGUUGUGAGCUGACCAAGGUCUGUGCCGGACCGGGAGACGUGAUCCUCUGGGAUUCCCGCUGUGUUCAUUACAAUGUUCUCCCAGAAGGCGAUCAGUUACGAGCGCUUUUCUAUGCCUGUUACACUCCGGCAGAGUUCGCCACGCAGGAGAACCUAGAAAAGAAGAGAGAAAUCUUCAGGAGGAAGCAAGGCACAACUCACUGGCCUCAUGACAACCUCUGGUUCCGGGAUGAAUGGAAACGACCACGGUUAGGAAAUCCUGAUACAUACAACAGGGACACUCCGCGGCAGGAAAUAGAGGCUACGGACAAGAUGUUGAAGCUGGCGGCUAUCAUCCCUUACUGA